AUGGCUCCCUCCUCUCCCUCUUCCCUCUAUCUCUCUCACCACCAAGCCAACCCAUUCCCUACUCUGACCCCCAAACCCACCUUGGCUCGCUUCCCUCUUAGUCCCCUUAGUCCCCAAACCCUUGCCUUCUCUUCUAGACCCUCUACUCAGAACCAGAACCAAAACCAUAACCAGACCCAGAAGCUCGAUUCUUCUCAGCUGGAGGAGAAAUCAUUUGCCAUCGCCACUGGUGAGCUCUUCCUUGGCAUUGCUUCGCUGCUGAUCACGAGCCGCAACAGCACGAAUGGCGCGAAUGCCUUGUCGGAGACUGGUUUCCUCAGGGACAAGAUAGAGCCUGUUGUCAUGUGGGAGCAGAAGGUUAAGGAUGUGGAGGCAGAGCAGACGAGGAGAGUGGUGGUGACUGGUCCCGGAUUCAGCUUCUCAGCCGCCGGGCUCUUGUUGCCUUACCAUCUUGGGGUCGCGCAAUUCCUCAUCGAGAAGGGCUAUAACAAGGAAACCCCACCAUUGGCUGGUUCAUCAGCUGGCGCCAUAGUAUGUGUAGCGAUUGCUUCUGGAGCCAGCAUGCAAGAGGCUUUGAUGGCUGCCAAGGUACUCGCUGAUGAUUGUCGGAGAAGAGGAACUGCUUUUCGGCUUGGGGCUGUUCUUCUUGAUGUGCUUGAUAAGUUCCUUCCCGAAGAUUCUCAUACCAGGUCCAAUGGAAGGGUCCGCAUCGCUGUUGCCGAGACCUUUGGGGGGCCUAGGGGUUUACUGGUGGAUCAGUUUGACUCCAGAGAAGAUCUUAUCAAUGCACCAUUAGCUUCUUCCAUCAUCCCGCGGUGA